AUGGAGAUGGCCUCCACUUGCAGCAUCGAUCGGAUCUUACUUGAUCUAGAGUCGCUCCUGAACAGCUUCCAAGACCGGUAUGUUCCUGACGGUGUUCUUGGUGCAAUCGAACGCAUGAAAUUUCUCAAAACAUUUCUUAUGUGUGCAAGAAAGUGGAGCCAAAGCAAUGAUCUGUACUUGGAAUCUGACAAUGUUGUGAAGAAGGUCAGUCUUCCAUCUUUCUUAUCUUGCAUCGAAGAUACCUUUCACAAAUAUGAGGAGGAUAUUCACUCUCUUUCCCAUAGAUCAGAAACGGACGAAUAUGGAAUGUUCUUGGAAAUUGAGGAACAGAUCAAAUUACCUAAGCAAGAAAUCAUCCAAAUUUACUUUGCUUUGGCCAGCAGCAGGUCAUUGCAAUCAAAUUCUUGUAUGACAGAUGAUGAACUAAUGGAAUUCAUAGACCUCAUCCUGCAAAAUCUAGCAGAUUUGACAAAAGACUAUAUGCAUCCGCAAAUUAGUGAAUCGUUUGUUUCUGCUAUUUUGAGUGCUCAAGUCCAAGCCCUUGAAGCAAAGCUAACAUUCUUGAAAAGCUUCAUUCCCUUUGCCAAAUUGCGAGGAACUGCAGAUAUUCCUACCUCGCUAUUGGCUCACUUUGAAGUGGUGGCUUUGAACGCAGCACGCCUCUCUUACAUGUGUUCUUUCUGGGAAGAUGAGGAUCUGCACAAUCUUGAGUUGUGCUGCAUGAUAUAUGAGCAACAACAGAAAAUCACACCUAUAGAUUUUCAAGUCUAUGAGAUUUUUAUGGAAGUUCUUAGAGCUACAAGAUCCUCAAAAUCAUUGCAUGAUAGAAUGAUGGAUAAGCAGAUAUUAAACAACUUCAAUGAUUCUCUCAUAAGUUGUCUCUGGGAGCUGUUAUGCUGCAGCUCUAGCUUCAUGGAUUCUAUGAAAGAUGAAAUGCGAAUACUCUAUGCAGGACUGAGGUUUUUGAGAAGCAUUUUAAGGGAGCAGCAGGAGAAGAUGGAUGAGCAAAACAAAAAAAUUGGCUCUCUUCUUAGUGAGGCAGGCAUUAUAAUUUACUCGCAUUCUCUAAACAGAGUGAAGGAGGGAGAAGUCAGCUUCUCAGAAUCCACAGAAGCUCUUGACUGUUAUGAUGUGCUGGCUAAUACCAACAUCCAUAUCAAGCAUUUUAAGGAUCAGAUCAGUGGCUCAAGCAUUAUUGAAAGUAUUCCUUCCUUUCAUAGCUUAAGAGCACCAGAAGUUAGCAAGACUUCCCACCGCAUGCUAUCAAAAGGUCAAAUGCCAAUAGCCCAUGAAAUUAUGGUUGGUCUUGAUGAUGAUGCAGCAAAAGUAAUUGAACGACUUAUAUGGGGAGCGGAUCAGGUGGAAAUUGUUCCCAUUGUGGGAAUGGCUGGGCUUGGUAAGACGACUUUAGCCAAAAAAGUUUACAAUGAUAGUUCAGUAAUCUGUAACUUCCACAUUCGUCUUUGGUGUACUGUUUCUCAAGCCUAUAACAUGAAAAAUGUGUUACUUCAAAUUUUGUGCUCUGAUGGCAAACAUUCCAGGAAGGAUGAUGAGUUAAAAAAUCUGGAUGAACAUGCGUUGCUGGAAAAGCUCUACAAAAAGCUAAAGGAGAAUCGGUAUCUUGUUGUUUUUGAUGAUGUCUGGGACAUUAAGGUAUGGAAUGAGCUGGGAAUUUCAUUGCCGGAUGAUAAGAAAGGAAGUAGAAUCAUCUUCACGAGUCGAUCUUCUAAUGUGGCUUCACAGGUUGAAUAUGGGGGGAAACCUCACUAUCUUCACCCGCUUAGUGAGAAAGAAAGUUUUGAAUUACUGCAGAAGAAGGUAUUUGGAGAAGAAGAUUGUCCUCAAGCAUUGCAUGGAUUGGGAAUGGAGAUUGCCAAAAAGUGCAGGGGAUUGCCACUUGCACUUGUUGUUGUAGCUGGAGUCCUAGCAACUAUAGAGCAUGAUAUUUGUGUUUGGGAAGGAUUUGCUGAAAGUUUCACUUCAACCACGGUGGCUGAUGCAGAACAAUGCAAAAAGUCGAUGGAGCUCAGUUAUGAGCAUUUACCAUAUCACUUGAAGGCAUGCUUGCUGUAUUUUGCUGCAUUUCGAGAGGAUGAAAAAAUUGGUGCCAAGGAGUUGAUGUGUCUCUGGGUUGCAGAAGGGUUUGUGGAAAUAAUUGAAGGAAAGAGAUCAGAGGAUAUUGCAGAAGAAUAUCUGAUGGACCUGAUUGGCCGAAACUUAGUUAUGGUAAGUGAAAACAGAUCCAUUGGUGGAGUCAAAACUUGUUACGUUCACGAUUUGAUAUUUGAGUUCUGUAAGGGCGAGGCGAAAGAAAAGAAAUUUCUUCAGGUCUUGCGAGGAUAUGAUGAGCUUUCUAUCUUUAAUGAGCCUCCCAACCUACCUCGGUUGUCCAUUUGCUCCAAUGGGGAGGAUUUUAUAAAGUCAAAGCUCUUUUGUCCACAUUUAGAUACUCUGCUAUUCCAUGAUGCUACUCUAGGAGAUAAGUUUGAGUUGCGUGACAUCUCCUUCCUUUUUUGCAUCUACAAACAUCUUAAAGUUUUGAAUUUAGAGGGCAUUAUGCUAAGGCUGAAGGAGCUUCCAGCUGAAGUCGAAUCACUUCUUUGUUUGAGGUACUUAGCCCUUAGAGCUUCGGAAAUGGAAUUCAUUCCACCAUCUAUAGCCAAGCUCUCACAUUUGGAAACCUUCAGUCUAAAUUCUCUUGAGACGGUUUCAUUGCCAGAUAGCAUCUGGAACAUGGAGAAGUUGAAGCAUGUACAUGUAAGGCAUGGCGUCGUCAUUCCUCUCUCCUCCGAUGACAGCGUUGUUGAAAACCUCUCCAAUUUAGACACACUCUCUGCUCUGUUUCUUUAUCUUGGCGAAGAGGGAGAGAACUUGUUGAGAAGGAUUCCCAACGUUCGCCGACUUAAAAUUUUCGAUUUGGGGGAACAAAACAGAGUAUGCUGCAACAUGAGUCGACUAGCAUGCCUAGAAUCACUCGCCUGGUUGGGCAAUUACUCCUCAGGUUCAUGGGAGCAUGUUGAGCUUUCUUUUCCCAUGAAUUUGAAGAAGUUGAGCCUUGGCGGUCUGGGUCUUCCCUGUAGAAAAAUGUCAUUGAUGGAACAACUACCCAAUCUUGAAGUCCUCAAAUUACGAGCCCAGUCGACGGAGGGCCAAAAAUGGGAGCUGAUGGAAGGAGGAUUCCCUAAACUCAGGGUCUUGACUUUGGAAUAUGUACAGAUUGUUGAGUGGAUAGAGACAGACCCUGACAGUGAUGAUUACUUCCCGUGCCUUCAGCAAUUAAAACUCCGGAGCAUUUCUAAAUUGGAAAUGAUGCCUUCUUGUUUAGGGCGUAUAUCUACUCUUGAGACCAUUAAAAUGAAUGAGUGUGGAGACGGCGUCAAAUCUUUAGUAAGGGAAAUUGAAGAAGCACAGGAAUAUAAUGGAAAUGAGAAUCUGAAGAUCAUCAUCAUAGAUUGAGCUGGGAGUGUGAUGGUCAUCUGUGUGGUCUGACUUUCUUUGGUGCUUUUGUGGAAGAUUGAAGUGAAAAUUGAAAGGAUCGAUGGCUCUUUUCGUGUCAAGAUAUGGUGGAAACGACCAAUGAGGUUUGUACGCCGUGCACCAUUUUAUCAAUAUAUUUUGCUGUUGGUGUAUUUUGUGUAA